AUGCCUGUCGAAUACGACCCUGAAGCCGCGUCGGGCAGCGAAGCGCGCAUCUUCGGUCAGCGUCAUCACAAGCCCCAGACUUCCAUCUCGCGACCUUCAGCACGCUCCAUAUCAUCCUCGUCCACCAGCGUCCCUAUACCCAUCCCUUCAAACCCAAAUGUCAUUCCCGGAAAUCUGCUCCCGUCAGCGCCUGCUUCUCCGCCGACUCCGGCUCCCUCUCCAACGCCAGGACGUCGUCUUCCAAGCUGGGCCUCUACGACAGGACCAUCUCUUGAUUUGCAUAUGGACGAAGAUGGGGACCUGGACGACGUGGGCAGCGAAGGCACAUUUGGCGUAGACAAAGGAUUGAGAUUCAGGCAUAUGAAGAACAUAUUUUCCGACAUGGACAACGACGAACGCAAACGCAUUCUGACAGAGCUAUUGGCCGACUGCGACGGGAAGCUAUUGGGUUAUGUUGCCAAUUUUGUUGCACCACGAUUAAAAAGAGAUCCAUUCGGCGUGUUGCCUAAUGAGCUCUGCCUAAGGAUACUCACAUUUAUCGAUGAUGCCAAAACGCUUGCUCGCUCAUCGCAAGUUUCAAAAAGAUGGCAUGAGCUGGUCAGCGACGACAUGGCUUGGAAGAGUCUCUGUGAGAAACAUGCUUAUCGCCGCAUGUCGGAUGACACUUCUUCGACCAAUACCAGGCAGCAACAUUCAUCAUCCUUCGAGCCCACUUCGACGCCUGAUUUGAGUCGUGUCAAGAGUCUUGAUAGAACGACUUCCGCUCCAGUCUUGCCUUCUUCAGCCAUACGUCGACGACCUCAGGCCAUGACGUACCGCUCCCAUUUCAAGCAAAAGUAUCAGGUCGAAACCGCCUGGCGCACUGGCGGCAAGGUCGACCAAAGACAGAUUACACCGGACCAGGGUGUUGUGACCAGCUUGCAUCUCACUGAUAAGUACAUCAUUGUUGCUUUGGACAACGCAAAGAUCCAUGUUUUCGACACCGAGGGCAAGCACUUGAGGUGUCUACAAGGCCAUGUCAUGGGCGUAUGGGCCAUGGUGCCUUGGGGUGAGACUUUGGUGUCAGGUGGCUGCGAUAGAGAUGUUCGCGUUUGGAACAUGGCGACUGGACAACCCCUUCACAUGCUACGCGGGCAUACUUCCACAGUUCGUUGUCUGAAGAUGUCCAAUGCCACCACCGCUAUUUCUGGUUCUCGCGACACUACUCUUCGCAUCUGGGACAUUGAGAAGGGCCAAUGCAAACACGUGCUUAUGGGUCAUCAAGCAAGUGUUCGCUGCCUCGAAAUCCACGGAGACCUGGUCGUAUCUGGAAGUUACGAUACCACAGCGAGGAUCUGGAGCAUCAGCGAAGGUAGAUGUCUCAGGACCUUGCAAGGACACUUUAGCCAAAUUUAUGCAGUUGCUUUCGACGGAAAGCGUGUUGCUACAGGCAGUCUGGACACGAGCGUUCGUGUCUGGAAUGUUGCGGACGGCAAAUGUCUGGCAAUCCUCCAGGGCCACACUUCUCUCGUUGGCCAGCUUCAGCUCCGUGGUGACACUCUUGUGACUGGCGGCAGCGAUGGCAGUGUUAGAGUCUGGUCAUUGCAGUCCUACACACCUAUCCAUCGUCUUGCAGCACACGAUAACAGCGUGACCUCGUUGCAAUUUGAUGAGUCACGCAUUGUAUCUGGUGGGUCAGACGGUCGUGUCAAGGUCUGGGACCUCCAGCGAGGAUGUCUCGUACGAGAACUUGGACAACCUGCUGAAGCAGUCUGGCGUGUUGUGUUUGAAGAGGAGAAAGCAGUCGUUCUUGCAUCCAGGCAAGGCAAAACAGUCAUGGAAGUUUGGAGUUUCGCUCCGCCAGAGGACGGAAAUACGAGCAGCACCGCGUCGAGCCCUGCUAUCGUCUCCAAGCCCAUGCUGCCUGCUAGCGAACCCUCGCCAAUGCACAUUUCAGAUGCACCCGCUUCUGAUGAUCAGGUCGAGGACACAAUCAUGACAGACGAGACUCCUCGCAACGAGGUCUCUUCACCGGUCACAUCAGCGUGA